UAUUCCCCAUUUCGGACUCCAAUCCUCCACCUAUUUACCAUUUCAUGCCACUCCCCUCCUCUCUCUAUCUUUCCCUCUACUGUGAAAUCUCCGAUCUCUCUUUCUAGCAUCGCUGCUUCGUUCAGCUCCAUCGGCGGUUCCUUCAAACUCAGUCUCUCUCUCUCUCUCUCUCUCUCUCUCUCUCUCUUCUUCUAGGUUUCAGCUUCGCUCUGCAUCAAUGGCGGUUUUCUUGAGCUGAAGAUAUCUCACUCUGUGUGGGGCAUUAGAUGAGGUCAAAGUUUUGAUUGGAAGAAAUCCUAGCAAAAUGCGGUGAUUUACGCUUCGGUUUCAGAUCUAAUUAUUGCUAGUUUUGGUCAUUUUUGGUUUGGAGGAAGUUCAUGAUGACAAAAACGGUGCGUUUGGUGUAAUAUAAACUGUUGCGAGUGGUUGGAGACGUGAAUGAGAAGCUAAGCUAGGGUUUUUGGGGAUUUCUUUAGUUUGAUCUGUGAUUAUUGGUGCUAUUCUGGAGCUAGGGUUUUGGGCGAUGAAUCGGAGUUUUAGGGCUCAGGAACCGCAAAUGCAAGCGGCGGUAAGGCAGAGGCAGCAGCAGCAGCUGGGGGGUCUGAGGGCCUCGGUGAUGAAGGAGAAGGAAGAAGAGCUCGCAUUGUUCCUCGAGAUGAGGAAGCGCGAGAAGGAACGGAAUGAUCUUCUUCUAAACAACUCGGAGGAGUUGGAUGCGCCUUUAGGAUCGAAACCUGGAACCUCUCCAAUAUUUAAUAUUUCAUCAACGCCGGCGCCUGCACCUGCACGCAAGGCUGGUGCUGAUGAUUUCCUCAAUUCUGACAAUGAUAAAAAUGACUAUGACUGGCUUUUAACCCCUCCUGGUACACCUCUAUUUCCUUCUUUGGAGAUGGAAUCUCGAAGGACCAUAAUGAGUCAGCUUGGUACCCCAAAGGCUCGCCCCACUGCGCUGAAAUCUAGGUUAGCAAACCCACAGCUAGAACCUACUACAAGGACGAACUUAGUAUCUAAACAAGCAGCUUCCUCCCCUGGGUUGAACACUUCAAGCGUCGGCCCCCGCAGGCCACCAUCAUCAGGGGGUCCAGGAUCAAGACCUGCAACACCAACUGGGCGCCCGACAUUGACAUCGGCAUCUAGGCCUUCAAGACCCUCAACACCUACAUCAAGGGCGACCUUGACUUCAACUAAGCCCUCAGUUUCUGCAACUAAGCCCUCUGUUUCUGCAACUAAGACCACGGUUCCUGCAGCUAAGCCCACAGUACCAGCAAGAUCCUCUACACCUUUAUCGAGGUCUACAGCAAGAUCUUCAACUCCAACUGCCAGACCCACUUUACCUCCAUCCAAGUCCACGUCAAGGGCAGCAACACCAACUCGGCGACCGUCCACACCAUCAAGUGCACCCAGUGUAUCUGCUCCUCCAACUAAGUCAGUUUCAAGGCCAACUCCGACAACAUCAAGAAAUCCUGUGCCAUCACGUGGCACUUCCCCAACGGUGAAAUCCAGACCAUGGAAACCCUCAGAGAUGCCUGGUUUCUCACUUGAUGCUCCACCAAAUUUAAGGACAUCAGUUCCGGAAAGGCCACUAUCAGCCACAAGGGGCAGGCCUGGACUACCUAGCUCUCGAUCUUCCUCCAUUGAGCCCAGUUCUAAUGGAAGACCAAGACGGCAAUCAUGCUCGCCCUCAAGAGGACGCGCCCCCAAUGGCAUGCUUCAUGCCAGCGGAAGCUCUGUUCCUGCAGUGAGUCGUAUGCAUUCUAAAGCUAGUGACAAUGUGAGCCCAGUCUUAAUGGGAACAAAAAUGGUUGAAAGGGUAAUAAACAUGCGGAAACUGGCACCACCAAAGCAAGAUGACAAACAUUCUCCUCAUGGUAAUCUCUCAGGGAAGUCAUCCUCAUCCCCAGACAGUUUGGGCUUUGGAAGAACCCUCUCGAAGAAAUCCCUAGAUAUGGCUAUAAGGCAUAUGGAUAUAAGGCGAAGCAUUCCAGGUAAUUUACGGCCAUUGAUGACAAAUAUUCCAGCAUCCUCUAUGUACAGUGUGAGGUCAGGGCCUGCACGAAGCAGAGCUAUUAGUGUUUCAGACUCUCCUCUUGCCACGAGCAGCAAUGCUAGUUCUGAAGUUAGUGUGAACAAUAAUGGCCUUUGUUUAGAUGGGAGUGAAGUAGAAGAUGAUAUUGGCAGUGAGAGAGGUGGCCGGUCGCCUGCUAGUAUGCGUGGCAGGUGAUAGUUCUGAGGCCUAUUAUCCUGAGAUAUAUAAACUGCAUUCUAAUCUCCCUAUAUUUUUAUGUUGAAUCUGAAUCAUUCUGACAGCUAAAGAGAGUCGGCUUCCUGAAAUUAUUUCUGACCCAAGUCAUGCUUCUAUGAUUAGUGUAAAGUUGGCAUUGUUGGGAUUUGGGAUUAUGUAAUUCACGGUCGCUGUUUAAAUCAGGGAAGCUAGUUAUGUACUGAACAGUCUCUCUUGCCCAUUUUUCUACACGGUUAUGUCCUGUGUACUGUUUUGAGAAGUUGGACCCAUCUCAUUGAAAACUAGAAAUCAAAUUACCUCCCCAGAUUCAAGAUCA